AUGAUGCUUAGUAGAGCGCACGGCUCUUUCGGCGAGUCCGUUGAAAUGAGGUGUAUAGGCAGGUACAAAUUUAAAUUCAAUGCCCUCCUGAGCCAUGUGACCUUCAAGGUCGGACUGAACCAGAAAUUGAGCCAGCUCGUUGGAAGUACCGACGAAAUUUGUCCCAUUCCUGCCACCGACUCGGAUAAAAAACGAGAGGAACUAAAACUAGAAAACAAUCGCAAGUCAGAAGUUGAUCACGAUUUCGACAUAAGUAGUUAUCAAAAGCAGACUUUCCUCGACCUAUUAGUCCGUUUGUCCGGCGGCGAGCACGGCUACAGCGAUGAAGAGCUGCGGGAGGAGAUACUCACAUUGCUGGUGGCUGGCACAGACACCUCCGCCGUGGGGCUAGGCUACACGCUCAAACUGCUGGCGAUGUAUCCUAAAGUGCAGGAUAAAGUAUUCGAAGAAUUGCAAGAAGUAUUCGGCGACUCGGAUCGACCAUUGGUUAAGGAGGAUCUGUUAAAAUUAAAAUACUUGGAAAGAGUUUUGAAGGAAUCACUACGAUUAUUCCCGCCGGUACCGUUCAUUAUCAGAAAAGUUUUAGAAGAUGUUACUUUACGUGAUACGACGAACGGUAAUCCUCAAAGGAAGAACCGAGCUAGAGACAGCUUUGUGAGACUUGGUCGUGAUAAUGAAGAUAUUAUUGAGACUGAGGAAGUUCUGGAUGAAAGAAGGAAGAGGUCUGUUGAAUACGACGACCGCCAUACGUAA